UAAUUUUGUGGUUUGAUUUUGUUGUUGUUGUUGUUGUUGUUGGUAGAAACUUAGAAGAAACCGAAACCAAGAUGGAUAAUGAGAUGAGGAAGCUGUACUCUUGUUUCAUCUGUACCAAUUUGCUCGAUGAAGCAACUGCCCUAAAGAGAUGUCGUCACAUCUUUUGUUGGAAGUGCAUUCAUGGCAAGAUAGUGGAACAUGACUGGCGCUGUUGUCCAAUCUGCUGUGCUGAUUUUGGCCCAGACCCUCUCAUGAGACUAAGCCAUGAUGACCCGCUCUUGCUAUCAAGGGAAGGGGAGAACAUACCUCCACCUCCAGCAGAUGCUGAAAAUGUGGAGGAAGAUUCAGAUGUAGACUACUCGGAGGAAUCUGAGACUUCUGAUGAUGAUGAUGAUGUUUUUUAUGACACAGACUCUGAUAUGGAGGUGGAUGAGCAGGUGGGAUCAGAGAAGUCUGUUCCUAUUGAAACUGGGAAGGAGGAACAGGUUAUGGAAGAUGCAAAUCCAACCUUGGGAGAUGUUGAGGAUAAUGUUCAGAAACUUGAGGAUGCACUAAUGGAUCACAAGAUUGUGGACAAGGAUGAGGAAGAGAGGGCCAAGUUGGAAAGGCAAUUGGCUUUACGUGAAGAAAAGGCUAGAGGAAAAAGGCCAAUGGGAUUUGAUUUUCCAGAGGUGAAUGCAAAGAAAAGAUUUGCUCAGAUGGUUGGCGAGGAACACACCCCGCGGAACCAGGAUAUGGAGAAGGGAGGACCUGAUGGUUCAAAACCAACCAGCGGUUAAUGAAUGAAAUUUCUUGGAACUGUCGAGGACUGGGGAAUAAAGCGACAAUUGGGUAUCUAUGGGACUGAAGCUACAUCGGUCAAAUUUUUCCUUUUUAGAAAUUUUAAAUGCUAUUUCGGUUG